UCUCCUGCCUCGCCAUGCCGCCGUGGGGCGCCGCCCUCGUCCUGCUCCUGGCCGCGCUCGCCCUCCUUGGCCUGCUGGCCCCGCGGCUGCGGCGUCCCGGGGGUCGUGCCGUCGGAGACGGGACCCUGCCGGGCACCCGGGGACAGGACGACGACCACUUUGGCAACGGGCGUGAGCCGCUGCCCGGCGGGUGCAGGCUCAUCUGUAAGCCGUCGGCGCUGGCCCAGUGCCUUCUGCGCGCCUUGCGACGCUCGGCAGCGCUUGAGCCGGGCCCGCGCUCUUGGCUCUGCGGGCCCCACCUGCAGACCCUCUGCCACUUUGUGUUGCCGGUGGGGCCGGGUCCCGAGCUGGCCCGGGAGUAUCUGCAGUUGGCUGACGACGGGUUGGUGGCCCUGGACUGGGUGGUGGGACCUUGCGCCCGGGGCCGCCGGGUCACCAACGCCGGGAGCCUAACGCCGGUGCUGCUAGUGAUCCCCAAUGCGUGGGGGCGCCUCACUCGCAACGUGCUCGGCCUCUGCCUCCUCGCCCUGGAGCGCGGCUACUACCCGGUCAUCUUCCACCGCCGUGGCCACCACGGCUGCCCGCUGGUCAAUCCCCGGCUGCAGCCUUUCGGGGACCCGUCGGACCUCAAAGAGGCGGUCACUUACAUCCGCUUCCGACACCCCGCGGCUCCGCUCUUUGUGGUGAGCGAGGGCUCGGGUUCGGCGCUGCUGCUGUCCUACCUGGGCGAGUGCGGCUCCUCCAGCUACGUGACGGGCGCCGCCUGCAUCUCGCCAGUGCUGCGCUGCCGCGAGUGGUUUGAGGCCGGCCUGCCCUGGCCCUACGAGAGGGGCUUUCUGCUCCACCAGAAGAUCGCCCUCAGCAGGUACGCCACGGCCCUGGAGGACACAGUGGACACUAGCAAACUGUUUAGGAGCCGCUCCCUGCGAGAGUUUGAGGAGACCCUCUUCUGCCACACCAAGAGUUUCCCCAUCAGCUGGGACACUUACUGGGACCACAACGACCCCCUCCGGGAUGUGGAUGAGGCAGCUGUACCUGUGCUGUGUAUCUGUAGUGCUGAUGACCCUGUGUGCGGGCCCCCAGACCACUUUCUGCCCACUGAACUCUUUCACAGCAACCCCUACUUCUUCCUCCUGCUCAGUCGCUGUGGAGGCCACUGUGGCUUCCUGCGUCAGGAACCCUUGCCAGCCUGGAGCCAUGAGGUCAUCUUGGAGUACUUUCGGGCCUUGACUGAGUUCUUCCGAACAGAAGAGAGAAUGAAAGGGCUGAGCAGGCACCGAGCUUCUUUCCUGGGGGGCCGGCGUCGCUGGGGAACCCUGCAGAAGCGGGAGGUCUCUCCCUCUUCCAGCCUGGAGGAGAUCUUUAGCUGGAAGCGAUCUUAUACAAGGUGAGACAUGGCCCAAGAACCUGCCCAUCCUGCAAGAAAGGACAGAGCUGGGCAUGGCAGAGUCCUGAAAAGGUGGUGAGGCCUGAAUGGGGAAAGCAGCUCCAGGUCUUUGCCAAUGAUUCAGCCCUUUUUUUUUUCUUAAACUGAUCUGUGGAAAGAGAUGGAAUGUCCAGCUAGCUGUUGCUCACUUACCCUGAGCAGAACUCCUGCCCAGGCUCUGCUCCACACAUUUUUUUUUUACGCUGGUCAGCAGCUGGGUGGGUAUUCCCAGUCACUGUCUCCUGUCACCGACUGAUAAGUCAAAGAAUAGUACCAUUUAAGCCCAUGGACUCUCUCUAGCCAUGACUACAAAGAAGAUGAGUUUAUGUGUGGCAAUGGGCAGCUGUGUCCCACAUAAAUAAUCAGCUCUGUGACUCUGAUUCUCAGGCUGAAGCCACUUGAUGUAGUGAAGACAGGAUGUUUCUGUCUCAGUCCCACUUCCCUCAUUUCAUUCUGCAGUUAUGGCACUCUGCUGACUUCAUGCGGUGGCAGCUGUGGAAGCUGGGUUCACAGGCCUGCGUGGCUGCGUCUAUCUUGCAUGAGUGUGAGAAAAGCAGCAGAGGCAGUAAGUGCAGUGCUGAGCCUGAGCCGGUGAGAGUGACAGGGUAGAGAGAGUGAAUGCCUGCCUGCGUAUGGACUACUCCGAUCCAACCUUUCAGACGACUUCUGGAAGUCUAGGUUGGGAAUGGGGCUGAUUUGCAAUUUUAGCCUAGGACCUUGAGCCUCACUGGACAGAUUGCAACAAUUUUAGGAACAGGAAGUCCUUGCAUGCAGUUUGCUAGACUAUGGCUCAAGGAGCCAGACUCUCAGGCACUCUAGCAACUCCCUCUGGUACCAUUUCUGGGGAUUACUCCAGAGAGCCCUAGUCAGAGCUGCUUUUCUCCUGUGAUCUGGGCUUUCUCCAAGUGGUGAAAAGUGUAAACUUCAUAUCUUAGGGCUUUUCUGGUUAGCUGCCCCCUUUUCUAACAAUACUACUACUUCUCCUUCUCUAGAGCCUAGAUAAACAACUGGGACCAGAGAAAACAAAAGUUCCAAGAGAUUGGCUAGAGCUGACUCAGUAAUUUAUGAAUACUUCACAUUACUAUUAUAGGCUUUUUCUGUUCAAUUAUUUAAAAGGCCAUCUAUGUAGAUGCAGAAAAAGCUUUUUCUUGGAUCUGGCCAGUUGGUGGCUGAGUGUUUGGUUUUAUGAGGAAUAAUACUGAAGACCAGAGUAAGAUAAGGCAGAUUGUGUAGAUUGAUCCAUACAAUCUGGUUUGGAUUAGGCCAUUGAACAAUACAAUUGGACAUCUGCUUCCUUAUGCUGCUAAGAGCUUUGCCCUGAAGUUUUACUUUAGUUUGUCAUUGAGAAAGAGGGCACCUGUUUUGACAGAAGCUCCAUCCUGGCCUCACAAACAGCAAAGCAAUUUUAAAGAAGAAAGAUGUUUACUGAAGCCAUGUCCUAGGCUUGGUAUGAAGACUUACUGGGCCAUGAUUUCAGGUUUGUUCUUCUAGGUCAAAUAAGAAACUCUGAGCUAUCCAAGAAUCUAAACUGAAAUGCAGACAACACUCAAUUGUCUAAGACCCAUUCUCCUGUCAUGAAAAAAAAAUUACCUCCCUUCUUUCCACCAUCUUGCUCCACCUUCUUAAUAUUCAUCAUCAAAUGUUCUUUCACCAUUUCUGAGCAGGAGAAACAAGGAACUGAAAUUCAAAGAAGCCACGAUCCUGCUCGUUAAUGGCCUCUGUGUAAGGUGUGGUGAGGGAGAAUUACAUCAGGUCACUGCCCACCCCCAGGUCUGGUACAGUGGGGAUUUCAGUUAACUAGGAUCUUGCAGUGCCAUAUGCAGGACCCUAGCUAGGAUCAUUCAGAAAUGAACAUGAAAUGGGAAGCAGCCCAGUGGGUUUUAAACACUCCCUUUUCUGGCUGAAAUUUCCUGUAAGAGCUAAAUCUGUAUUGUUUCUCUAGGCCAGAUACCACAGAACUCUAGUUCUUUAAGAUAAUAGCUUUCUGAGAAAUCGUGGUUGGUUUUCCUUUCCCUUCCUUUCAUAUACAUACACACACACACACACACACAUACACAUACAUACAUACACAUACAUAUAUUUAUCUCCUCACAAGCUUUCUUUGUCUAUCUCUCUGGUGGGGGGGGGAGAGAAAGGGGGAGAGAGAGAAGAGAAGAGAAGAGAAGAGGAGAGGAGAGGAAAGGAAGAGGAAGAGGAAGGGAGGGAGGGAGGGAGAGAGAGAGAGAGUGUGUCUUAAAGCUCUCAGAAUGGCAGGACAGCCCUAGUUCUGGUUUCAUUAAUCCCCUUGGACCCACGAUCCUCAUGACCCUUAAGUAUUUCUCCUCCAUGUCCCUUGUGCCAGAUGUGCUCUUAGCUUAUCUCAGGAAGAUACUUCUCUCUCAUCUUCCCCUCAUUGCUUGACAGCAUCACUGCUUUUUAGCUCAUUUUUGCCCAGAAAGUGUAGUUCCUGUUCAAGCAGGUUUUUAAAACCCUGUCCUUCAGUCUAAUGAUGAUUAAUAGUUAAUUAUAUGGAACCAGCCGAAGGAACCCCACAUACACUAUUCUGAGAAUGUGUGGUCCUUGAACGAAAUGACACAUUAUGAGUUUGAGAAAGCAAGAAAGAAACAACAAAACAAAACCCAAAGAAGUACCACUGAGUUGGAGUUUUCCAGGCAGCAUGUCUUUAGCAAUCCCCUCAGGCCUCAUUCAUUUGUUUGUCUCCCUUUUGGUCUCUUCAUUAUUUAUAAACACCUUCAAAUGGGAAGGGGGGAAAAAAAUCCCAGUGAUUUAAAGGAGGCAUUAAUUAUCUCAGAAGUAGAGACUGAGUCUUCUGGCUCUACCCAUUGGAUCAGAAUGUAGGAAACAAACAACUGCCUCUGAAGAUUUGAGUUCUACUAAGUUCUGACCUCUGAUACUGAAGACUGUGCUAUAUUAUAACUUCUCUUGAAGAUUUAGUAUUUUAUGUAUUUAUAUAUAGGUUUCCAGCGUGGCUUGGCUGGAGACAACAGUAUGAAAAAGAAAGCACCAAAUCCUGACACUGUGAAGACAUCAUCUCUGUUUUGAGUGAAGAUAUACUUCCUAAGACUUGAAAACUGUUAGAAAAGAGGUCUUGACACAGGAAGUGUUAUCUUGGCUUCAUAUAUAACCUCAAAACCACCCUUGAGUCAGUAGCUUCUCUGUACUCAUCUUCCACCCAGACCACAAGAUCCUGUCAGUCAGUCACCCUCAGUAAUGCCAAGGUAUAUUCCUUUACAAAUGAACUCUAGCAUGAAUUGCUCUCAAGCAGAUACACUUGGCCACUUUGGUAGAAUUUGGUAACAAUGCCGAUAGGAGUAUUUAUGAUUCUACAGCAAGGCCACCAAUGAUGGCAUCGGAAUUUUUUUUCACUAGUUAUCACAAUUGGCAGAGAUGAGAUUGGGAAGUUAUACCUAGGGAGUGUCUGAGUGCCCAGAUAUGGAAUGAAUGCCAUAGGAAGCAGUAAAUCCCACAUCAUUGGUAGGACGUACAAGCUAGACUGCCACUUGGCAUACAUCAUGGAAGGGACGUGUGCUGAUAAAUAAGGGUGGCUUAGGUUACACAUAACACAUCUGAGAGUCAGUGAGUUAAAAUCAUGCUAAGGAGUUCAGUGGGUUAUAAAGACCUCUGGCUGAUUCAUGUGCUUGAGGAUCAGGAGAUCACAGACCUGAUCUGGAUUCUGGGAGUUGGGAGAUGACAUAAAGAUUUUAAUGAAAAUCACCCUACCAAAGUGACCAGAGGUUGUUUUUAAGAUAUCCAAUAAUUAUGCUAUAAAGUGUCCAAGAAGAGCUAAAAGUUGGAAGGAAAAGUGGAAUUUCAUUAAAAUAAACAAUAAAAGACACUAACACAUCAAAAAUAAAUGCCUCUAGCCCCUCCACCCUUCCCGUGUAAUAAGGUAAUACUUUGCCUCAGUGUGUAUUACUAGUGUGAAUAAAAACCUAACUUGUUUGCCUCUGAAUAGUAAAUAUAUUGCAGUUUCCCUGCAACAA